AUGAGCUCCAACAGCCUGAACCGUCAGCACAGUGGAAAUGGACCGGUAUUGGCGGAAAAGCAUGUUUCAUUCACCCAACAACUGAAGGCUUUACUGAUUCGAAAUGGCCUCAUCAAGUGGCGCCAGCGAUCUGCUUUCUUCCUGCAAAUAUUCAUGCCAAUGUUUUUUAUGUUUACGACAUACUCUAUGCCAAAACCAAAAGAUUUUCAAGUUACUAAUGAGACUAUCAGUGAGGGCAGACUCUACUUAGAAAAUGGGACAAUUUCAAUGCUCAAGCCAAACUGGUAUAUCGUUAACAAUGGCGUUUUCAACGACAAGCAAAUGCAUCAGUUUGUUGCACUAUUGCAAAUUUCUACCAAGGUCAUCUGUAAUACUCAAGACUGUCGAUACCAAAACAUUGAAUACAACACAACUUUUGAGCAUGAACAAGCUUUCAACGAAUUUAGCUCUGAACAAGGUCCUGCAGCGAGUGACAAUACUAUGGGAUUAAUUUUGAACUCGUUCAAUGAAUCAUUUUUCCAGUACACGAUCAGUUUUUCAAGUUCAGAGGGACUUUCGGCAACUAAAUUAGAGGAAACUUGCUAUGAAAAAUCUGCAAAGAAUUGUUCGUCUUACAAGUACUUUAAAAGUGGCUUUUCAUUGGUGCAAGCAGCAGUGGACAGUUCUAUUCUCAGUCUACGAUAUGGACAACUCUUAGAUAUGACCCCUAGCAAUGAAGAGUACUCAAUCAAGAUGGUACCCAACUUUGAGAUUGGCGUUUUUCCUCGAGAAAAAGAAGUAAACGACCUGUACCUGUACUUCUACGUGCCAGUUUCCUUUGCUUUCAGUUUUGCAUUGAUCGCAAAGGACCUAAUCACGGAGAAGGAGAAACGCAUCAAAGACGCCCUUCUGAUGAUGGGUCUCAACAUCACUGCCUACUCGUUUAGCUGGGCCAUCAUUGAGUGCCUGUUCACGAUUCCGCCGGCAAUGGCAUGGACGGCUUUUAUACUCGCCUACAUGAAGGCGCCAAUCAAUCAAGUGAUGCUCUAUGUCUUCAUUCAAACGGCUGCCUUUUCCUUUACACUACUCGCUUUUAUGUGCAGUUUUUUCUUCCAACAGCUCAAGAAUUCGCAAAUCUUCACAUUAAUUGCGUCCUUACUGCUUUACGGGGCACUGUUCGAGAUUUGCAAACAAACGCCCAUGUCCGACCCUUUCAUCUUCAAGAAUUCGCAAAUUUUUACAUUAAUUGCGUCCUUACUGCUUUACGGGGCAUUGUUCGAGAUUUGCAAGCAAACGCCCAUGUCCGACCCUUUCAUCUUCAAGGUACUCUUCUUCCUGUCACCAUUUCCCUGCACGGCCACACUGAGAGAGAUCAUUCACUCUCGUGAGAACAUUACCUUCUCGAACAUGUUUUCCGCCCUUUACUUUCCCUUCGGUUACUCCCUGUUGGCGCUAGUCUUUGACUGUGUGUUCUACUUUUGUGCGGCGCUCUUGAUCGACCACCUCUACUACAGCAGUACUGUGGCUGAUUGGCUGGAAAAGCUGCUCAGCAAAAAGGCUACAACAUCUGACAAAAUUGAUCUCAGCGAGAGCCAACUAAGCAAUGAAAAUGUCGAGCCGGUGACAGAGGACUUUCGAGACAAGAAGGCCAUUGACAUUGAGAACAUCGUCAAGACAUUUGAUGGCCUCACCGUCACCAAGGGCAUCACCAUGCAGCUGUACGAAUCGCAAAUCACAGCCUUUCUUGGGCCAAAUGGCGCUGGCAAGACGACACUUCUUCGAAUGCUGACGGGUGAACUUCGACCCACUUCGGGAAAGGUGCACAUCUACGGUCGGUGCGUGCAAGACUCAGCUGACCUUUGGAAGAUACGCACCCACUUUGGCGUCUGCCUUCAGGAGGACAUCAUCAUGGAUGGCUUGACACCGCCUGAGCACCUCCACUUUAUCGCUAAGAUGAAGGGCUUAAGUGACAGUGACGCCAAUCAUGAGGUCAAGCACAUGAUGGAGAUACUGGAGCUGACAGAGCAGAAGGACACACGGCCGGAAAAUUUAAGCGGCGGACAGAAGCGCAAACUGUGCAUCGCCAUGGCAGUCAUCGCUCAAUCGAAGGUGAUCUUUCUCGAUGAGCCAUCCAGCGGAGUGGACCCCUACUCUCGACGCAAGAUUUGGGCGGCUUUGCAGUCGCUGAAAAAGGGUCGAGUCAUCAUUCUCACGACGCAUUUUAUGGACGAGGCGGACAUUCUCAGCGACCGUAAGGCGUUCAUUAUCAAGGGCAAGCUUCACUGUGUCGGCUCUUCACUCUUCCUCAAGAGCAAGUUCGGUGUUGGCUAUCACCUGCGCAUUGAGGCGUCUUUUGAAGAGGGCGGUGGUGGUGGUGGGCAGACUAAGGCAGCCAUCAAUGACAUUAUUCGUGGCAAAGUGCCUAGUGCUCGCCUGGAUAGAACCACCAACUCUGAGAUGAUCUUCACCUUGCCAAAGGAGGAGGCUUCACACUUUCCGGCACUUUUUCACUCGCUAGACCAGUCACGAGAGCGCGGUGAUCUCUUCAUCAAAGAUUACGGCAUCACCAUGACCACACUUGAAGAUGUUUUUCUCAACGUUUGCCACGACGAUGAAGUCACUGUGGUCGAUCAGAACCCCAGCAUGAAAGACGCCAUCUACGCAGUGGACAUUGCCUCGAAUGACACCAUUUCUGCAAUCUACUACGAUGUCAACCACCUGCACUCACUGCCCAUUCUGCAGAACCUGGUCAGCAAUCUGUAUGCGAGCAAGUGGCUGUCGAAGCCUUUUCACAUUGAAACAGUAAACAGUCCCCUGGUCAGCAAACUACCCGAUGUUUCGGAGUCUCUGGUGCCCAUUGUCAUGUACCUCUACGUAUUGGCAUCAGCGUUCACCUCAGUGCCGGCCUCCUUGGCAGCGCAGUCGGUCAAAGAGCGUGAAGUGAGUAGUCUUGCUGCCGCCUAA